AUGUCCCCAAGCCCACACUUGACAAAUCUAAGUGCUGGUCUCAUGGAGAAAUAUCUAUUUCUCUGCAUUUUCUUACCUUUCCUCCUUCAUUUUUCAACACUUUCCUUCGUUCAUGCACAAGUAACCGACAUUUCCACAGACAAACAAGCUCUUCUUGCCCUGAAAGCUUGUAUAAGCCAUGAUCCAAGCAAUUUGUUGACCAGCAAUUGGUCCACAAGUUCUUCUGUUUGUCACUGGAUGGGCAUAACUUGUGGUGCUCGUCACUCAAGAGUAACAGCUUUGAAUAUUUCUCACUUGGGUCUCAUAGCCACCCUUCCUCCUCAACUAGGAAAUCUAUCUUUCCUUUCAACGCUUGACAUCAACAACAACAGCUUUUAUGGCGCUCUCCCUGAGGAAUACGCACAGUUACGUCGACUGAAAUACCUUGUCUUGAGUCGUAAUAGCUUAUCGGGUGAACUCCCUGCAAGUAUUUUUGAUAAUCUUCCCAAUUUGCAGUUGCUUUAUUUGAGUGCUAACAUGUUCGAGGGAAAAAUACCAUCGGCCAUAUCAAAAUGCAAAAGCUUGCUAUACUUAUCCUUGUCAUUCAAUAAUUUCACAGGAGCCAUUCCGAAAGAAAUCGGAAACUUGACUCAACUUAGAAAGAUCUAUCUUGGAUUCAACAAACUCCAAGGAGAAAUUCCAAAAGAGCUUGCCAAUCUAGCAAAAUUGGAGCUAUUAUCACUGCAAAAUAGUUACUUAGCAGGAACUAUUCCUUCACUUAUCUUCAACCUUUCUUCCUUAAUUUCCAUGGACUUUUGGCAAAAUAGCCUGACUGGUAGCCUUCCAGAAAACAUGUGCCAACAUAUUCCCAAUCUUGAAGAACUAUACAUGGACUAUAAUCAUCUCACUGGUCCGAUUCCAAACAGUUUGGGGCAAUGCAAAAUGCUUCGUAUUCUUAUGUUGUCGAACAACCAAUUCGAAGAACAUAUUCCAAGAGAAACUGGGAACUUGACAUUAAUCAAGUAUCUAUUUUUAGACUCGAACCUAUUAACAGGUGAGAUACCGUGUGAAAUUGGCAAUCUUCAUAAUCUUGAGCGCUUGGAACUUGCAAUCAACCACCUAGUUGGCCCUGUCCCAACUACGAUAUUCAACAUUUCAACAAUGCGAAUGCUUUCAUUGUCUGUCAAUCAACUCUCCGGAAUUCUUCCAUUAAUUGCAGAGCUUCCACACCUUAAGGGUCUUUACUUGUGGGGAAAUAAUUUCAGUGGGUCGUUUCCUGAUUUCAUCACCAAUGCUUCCAAGCUCUCCAUUCUAGAUAUCGAAUCUAACUCAUUCUCAGGCUUCAUUCCUAGUACAAUUGGUAAUUUAAAAAAUCUUGAGAUACUAGAGUUAAAACAUAAUUACUUCACAUCUACUCCUAAUCUGAGUUUUCUUUCCAAUUUAACAAAUUGCAAGAUUUUAAGAUUUCUAAGCUUAAGCAAAAAUCCACUAAAUAGCAUCCUUCCAGGUUCCAUAGGGAAUCUUUCUAUUUCUUUGGAAUAUUUUUUCAUAAAUGAUUGCAACAUUAGUGGCAAAAUUCCCAAAGAAAUUGGAAACUUGAAAAACUUGAUAAACCUACAAUUACAAGGUAAUGAAUUGAUUGGACCAGUUCCAAUUACCAUGGAUGGAUUGCAGAAUCUCCAAGGUUUGUAUCUUCAAAAUAAUAAAUUUGAAGGACUCAUCUCAGAAUUGUUUUGUCAUUUAAAUGAAUUGGAUGAGUUGAAUUUGGGGGGAAACAAGUUCUAUGGAGCCAUACCUGCAUGUAUUGGCAAUCUCACUGCACUAAGAAAAUUGUUUUUAGGUUCAAACAGGUUGACUUCUUCUAUACCCUCAACGUUUUGGAACCUGGAGGAUCUAUUGUACUUUGAUUUUUCAUCAAAUUCUCUAAACGGAUCUCUUCCUUUUGACCUUGGAAAUCUUAAGGUUAUUAUAGCUAUAAAUUUGUCAAGGAAUCUUUUUUCAGGAGAGAUUCCAAUUGCAAUUGGAAGCCUAGAAAAUCUGCAAUCUCUCUCCUUAGGAUACAACAGAUUACAAGGAUUCAUUCCUGAAACAUUUGGCAACUUGAAAAGCUUGGAAUUCUUGGAUUUGUUUGGAAACAACCUUUCUGGAUUGAUUCCCAAGUCUUUGGAGACUCUCUUGUACCUCAAAUAUCUAAAUUUAUCUUUCAACCAAUUAAGUGGCGAAAUUCCUAGAGGAGGAUCCUUCAAAAAUUUUUCAGCUGAAUCAUUUAUGGGAAAUCUUGCUUUGUGUGGAGCUCCUCAACUGCAAGUUCCUCCAUGCAAAAAAAGCACUCAUAGAAAAUCAAGGACUACAAAGGAUUUCUUGUCAAUUCUUUUGCCAACAAGCAUUGCAUUCUUAUUAGUUGUCCUGGUUCUUAUGUUUGUGUUGAUCAAAUACUGGAAAAAGAGAAUGAGGCCAACUACCAAUGUUGAUUUCUAUCCAAGAGGAGCAUGGAGAAGAAUCUCUUACAAGGAACUUAUGAGAGCAACAAAUGGAUUCAGUGACAACAACCUACUUGGUAAAGGAAGUUAUGGUUCAGUUUACAAAGGAAGAUUAGAUGAGGGAAUGGAGGUUGCAGUGAAGGUAUUCCACUUGGACUUUGAAGGAACUCUUACAAGUUUUGAAGCUGAAUGUGAUGUAAUGAGAUGUCUUCGUCAUCGAAAUCUUGUAAAAAUCAUUAGCAGCUGUUCAAAUGAUGAUUUUAAAUCUUUGAUACUAGAAUACAUGCCUAAUGGGAGCCUGGAGGAAUUGUUGUUUUCUGAGAAGAAUGUUUUAGACAUUUCUCAUAGACUGAAUAUAAUGAUCGAUGUUGCUUCAGCUUUGGAAUAUCUUCAUUUUGGCUAUUCAGUCCCAAUAGUUCAUUGUGACUUGAAGCCAAGCAAUGUCUUACUAGACGAAAACAUGGUUGCACAUUUGAGUGACUUUAGCAUUGCAAAGCUCUUAGGUGAAGAAAACUCCAUGACACAAACAAAAACCCUUGCCACCGUUGGUUAUAUGGCACCAGAAUACGGAAGAGAAGGAAAAAUAUCUAGAAAAGGAGAUAUGUAUAGCUAUGGUAUCAUGCUAAUGGAAACAUUUACAAAGAAGAAGCCAACAAAUGAAAUGUUUACAGAAGAAAUGAGCUUAAGGAGAUGGGUUGGUGAAUCAUUAUGCAGCACAGUAAUGCAAGUCGUGGACACAAAUUUGCUCACAAAGGAUGAUGAACAUUUCUUAAGUAAGGAAGAAUGUGUGUCAUCUAUCUUGAGCUUGGCAAUGGAGUGUACAAGAGAAUCUCCUCUCGACAGAAUCAUCAUAAAAGAAGCAAUGAGAUGGUUCCAAAUAUAUACACAGGUGAAGAAAGAGUUUGGAUCAUUUAACAAGCACUUGUGGGGACUUGAGAAGUUCAAGCCAAUCAAUACUCAAUAUAGAUUAUUUAACAAGAUUCCUGUGAAGACUUCAAAAUCAGAAAGUAUGAGCAAAGACAUGGUGAAGAGACCAACAGUGAUUCACUCAUUCAUGCAAGCAGCUGGUCUCACCAAUGGCCAUUUAAUCACUUGUCCAAGGCACCUUCAUCAGCCAACUCCAGCUGCAGCUCUAUAG